AUGCUACUUCUGGAGCCUAAAUCCAUAAAGAAUUCACACGCUCCCUCUGCGCUUUACAUCUAUAAAGCACAACAACAAUGUCAGCAAACAAACGAGCUGGAAGAAGAGGUGCCCAAAGACGACAACGAGCACCCGAUCGUCUGGGACAAGAAGACAGCAGCGACAGCGAAGGAGAAGAAAUCCAGGCACCACCAGCAGAUCCAGCUGACAAUGCAGCAGUCCCCCACGGUUGUGUUCGAUCUUGCAACGGCCCAACGCGUUAUCACUACGGACGAAAAGUCGCCUCGCUUUUGGGAAUUUUCGCUCAUGUUCAACCCGACAUUAAUUGUUCAACGCGCCAAGCCGUUGACUUGGAUGUGGCUAGCGGCAUCCGAAUUCUUUGCUCAUCCUUGGACGGGCCCUGCGAUCAUUCCUCCCAUUGUGGAGGAAUUUGAGCAACUAGAACAAGAGUCGAAAAUAGCCAAAGCUCAGUCCAAAUCUAAGAAGCGCCCUGCAUCUACUCCAGAGAAUCCAAAAGGUGCCAAGGCUCACGAUUCGCGCCCAUCUCCCUCUGUCCCGAUGCAAACGGAACUGACGCCACCAAAGGGUCCGUCCAAACCCUACCAACGAACUCCACCUUCGGAUGCCACUCCUCCUUGCCAACAAGUGGUCAUGUCUGACGCCGUUCACGUCAUCGCCGGCACCCCAACAGAAACACAGGAAGCCAGUGUUCCAGCUGACGACGUCGUGGUAGCCAACACCCCGCGUGGGAGGACCAGUGCGGAAAAUGGAGCAGAGGAACACAAUAGUGCCCCAACCUACAGGGACACUGUUGCCACUCUCCCCGCUCCCACGGUUCCUCUCACCACCGACGAACGAUUGAUGCGCCUUCUCGCUGUCCAUUGGAAUGCCUCUCCCUUUCGGCACAUUACCAUCUUCAACGUGUCCAUUGUCUUUGAUUGGCAGGGCGUGGGUUCGUCCGAGUUCAAUCAAGUCCAGACUGCCUACAAUGCCUUCCAUCAGUUUGCUUCCGGUAUUUGGGGCGAGAUCACUUCCAAGGUCGUCCUUCUACCUUUGCUGAUGGCCGAUUCACCCAACAACAACUGUGGAUCCGGAACUUGA